GUUCUGAUGGAUGCUGCAAGUUUAGCAGUCACUGAUGGCCUCGAGCUGAUCAGGAAGUAAUGAUGCUGAUGGAGCAGUUAAAAUCAGUCCGUGUGUCCAAAAUCCACCUCAUGAUUCAUCGUCAGUAGUAUAUGACGUGGCCUAAUUUAUAAGUUUUAUCCACGCUGAUACCAGAUUUAUUAGCAAAACAGAUUAGAGUUUUAUUUCGAAAGUUGGGACCAGAAGUCUCACUGUAAUCUGUCUGACUUGACUCCGCAGUUGCUAUGGGCGCAAACUCCAUAGCAACCGAAUCACUACAAGAAAAAAAUUGAGAUUUUACAUUUUUAUCUUUUUUUCUCGAGGAGCAUAUCAGCAGAAGAUGACGCAUCUCUGUCAUGAAGUGAGUCUGCAGGCACAACCUUAAAGAUAAAAAUGCCAGAAACAAAGGUUAUUAAGCCCAAACCAGUGGAGGCGACGAGAAAAACCAUCGAGAAAACCAAACCGGUGAAGGUAAGAGCGACCAACGGGGCAGAAAGUGACCUCAGAGUGCCCGCUGUGCGUAAAAGCCGCGCGGCAAGCUGCCCGAGGUUCCCGCAGCGGGGCAGGUGCACUACCGGGGCCGCCGGGGCACAAGGAGCAGCGUCCAAAACAAACUGUGAGAGAAGAGCCAGGUCCAGCUCCACCGCUCCCAGACUGACCUCAAACUGGCCCAGAACAAACCCGGACUACCGGAAAGCGUCCACCUCUGUGAAUCAUGCCGCUGGCAACCCGAAAUGCCGGGAAAUGAGCGGCUGUCCGGGUCAGAGGGAGCAGCGGGCGGUCAGAGCUGAGGCGAAGCACGUAAGCCAGAGCCACAAAGCUUUCACCGUCAUCCCCCCGAACCCCAAGAAGAGGAGAGAGAUCCAGAGAAAGGCGGAGGCGGAGCUCGCCGCUCUGGAGGAGCUGCGACUGAGCAGAGCCAUGGCGUACGUCUCGAUUAACCCCAGCAGUGUCGGUGGUUGUAUGAGUCUGGAGGAAGUACGGCUGAAGCAGCAGCAGGAAAUGAUGCAAGCCAGGAGGAGGAAACCACAACAGACUUCAUGAGAGGAAGGAAAGAACCAACAUAUGACAGAUUUGUCCUUUAGAGCCACCUGAAGUUCUUCUGGUGUUUGAUAUGUUCAUGUGAGGAAGACGUGGAGAGAAGAAGAAGACAGGAAGGAACAAACAAACGAGAACGAGCUCCACCCCGUGAUAAAUCUCGUGAUUAUAUUAUCUCGUUAUCUUGAGAAAUCGGCCUUUUGUUUUCUCGAGAUAACGAGAUAAAUUAACUCGUGAUCUUGAGCAUUAAAAAAAUAAUUGCAAGCACGACCGUCCUGGACUUCUGUUCAUACAGUAAACUGACUGUGUUUCUGCUUUUAACGAGAAAAAACUUCCUUGUUUUAACAAAAAAGUAUCUUGUUAUCAAGAGGAAAUAUUUCAUUUACAAGAUGUUCUCUCAUGAUAGUAGAUGCUUAUAAAGUAACAAACACAUAACAGGAGCUUCAGAAACGUAUCUAGAACGUCACGUUGGUUCUUUUCUCCAGUAUGAGACAACACUCUGUCCACAUGCUAACAAAUCCAUCUAGUUUGUUUAUUUAGAGCCAGAUUUCAUCAUGUGUUCACCCUAAAAGUAAAGAAGUCGAUUAUUUCAUUCAAAUGUUCAAACACAUUCACGUCAGCAGCAGCAUUCAUGUUUUAUAAGAUACAGUCUCACAUUUCAAACACCUUUCAUGUUAUUACAUUUAUUCUCAUUAUAAAGAGAAAAUGUAUUUGUUUGAACAUGAAUAAGCAUCUAGUUAUAACGAGUUGUUUUUCUUGUUAUAAUGAGAGAAAUUUAGCUCCUUUCUCCUUUUAGUUAUAACGUAAUACUUUCUGAUAGGGCUGAGUAUUACAGUACCAGUACCAGUACCAGUACCAAUACCAGUACCAAUACCAGUACCAAUACUUAUACCCAUCAUGUGUAAAAUGCCACCACUACACAAAUACAUUUUGAAAGUGUCCAAAUUAUUUAAACAUUUAUUAAAUAACUGUACAGUGAAGUAUUUUCACCACAGACUGUUUGGUUUGUAGCUGCUGCAGUAAUGAGCCAAUCACAUGUUGCGUUAAAUUGAAGAACGCUUGCAGUGAUUGGCUGCAAGUGAAACCAUACAAAUAGUCAUUUAUUUCUAGAUCUGGUACAAAAAGGACUGAACGCAGUUACCGUUUGACUGGAGAUGUUUCAAU